AUGAAGCAGUUCCAGAAAAGAAGGAGUUCGACAUUAACCUAUGCUCGACUUGGCAUUCUGAAAGACAACGAAUGCAGAAAGAAGUUCCGCCAACGAGUAUUGAUAAAUAUUGGAUUAUGUACCAAGAAGAGAGCGGAUGACGCUGACUCUUUCACUAAAUGCACUCAGGACGCUGCAAAGAAAACGCUCCCAGUUUUAGCAGCGAGAAAGAAGUUCGCCCAUGCAUCUGCGGAGGCAAGAUCCAUGUACAAUUCUGUAUCUGUAGCCUGCACUAACACUGCACUUGGUGGAUUUAUCCAGUAUAGGCGUCUGAGAAGGCGGUUGCGUCGCCAGCUGGAACGUGUUCGUGAGGACGAAUAG